CGCGGGCUGGGCGGGGGAGCAGGUGGUGUGGUCGUCGUACGAGCUGCCGUACGUGGCGACAUACAGCGAGGCCGCAGGGCGGUUGGCCUUCUGGGUGGUCAGUCGCGCCCAGCUGUCCCCCGAGCUGCUGGGGGACCUGCCCGACAUACCCGCAGCCACUCCGCUGCCCGCUGGGGUGGGCGGCGGCGUGGGGGCGGCAGCCGCGGCAGGCGGCGUGCCGGGCCCCAUGACGGCAUCCCACAUGGGGGGACUGGGGCUGGGGCUGGGGCCGCCGGGUAGCAACAUGUCGCUGGCGGCUGGCGGCGGCGGUGUGGUGACGCCGGCCAGCAGGGUCAGCAUGUUUAGCU